GUGAUGUGCUGGUACCCAGAUGCGUUUCAUGCGCAGAGGCGAAAUGCCGCUCAUCAUUUAGCCAAGAACGGAUCCUGUGCCAGCCACGCGUGCUUGGGAACGCCAGGCCCCGGAAACACUUCCCCAUUGCGCAGCUCUUCUGGGUCAGAGCCCUGCUUCCCUCCUGCCUCGCCGCAGCUCUGGGAUGGCAGUCGGGAGAGAGGCGCUGGCAUUGCUGGCGUGCUGGUGCGUGCUGGGCAGUGGCCGAGCCCUGCAGGCAUUUGGAAAGGAUGAAAGCAUGGUGCAGCUGCCCGGAGGGAAGUUUCAGAUGGGAUCUGGCUCCCUGGAGAAGAGGAACGAGGAGGGCCCCGUCAGGGAGGUCACGGUGGAGCCCUUUGCUAUCGACAAAUAUCCCAUCACAAACAGGGAUUUCAGGAGAACUCUUCCCCAGGGAGUUUGUUAGAGACAAGAAAUACAAAACAGAAGCAGAAGCAUUUGGCUGGAGCUUUGUUUUUGAGGAUCUCGUGUCUGAAGAGCUGAAAAAAAAAGUCACCCAAAAAUUGGAGUCUGCCCCGUGGUGGCUGCCGAUCGAGAAGGCUUUUUGGCGACAGCCCUCAGGUCCUGGCUCCAGCAUAAAGGACCGGCUGGAUUUCCCGGUGCUGCAUGUCAGCUGGAACGACGCGCAGGCAUUCUGCGCCUGGAGAGGGAAGAGGCUCCCGUCAGAGGAGGAGUGGGAAUUUGCUGCCAGAGGAGGACUGGAGCAGAGGGUGUAUCCCUGGGGAAACAAGUUUCAGCCGAACCGUACAAAUCUGUGGCAGGGCAACUUCCCAAGGGUUGACACAGCGGAAGAUGGUUAUCACGGUGUCUCUCCGGUAGCAGCGUUCCCUCCUCAGAACAACUACGGGCUCUACGACCUGCUGGGAAACACUUGGGAGUGGACUGCAUCAGAGUACCCGGCCCCGGGACUCGCAUCGAGGCAGCGUGCUCAGAAAAUGCACGUCCUGAGAGGUGCCUCGUGGAUUGACACUGCAGAUGGGUCUGCAAAUCACAAAGCUCGUGUUACUACCAGAAUGGGCAACACACCAGACUCGGCCUCCGACAACCUCAGCUUUCGCUGUGCUGCCAACGUGCCCCCUGUCACAGCCGAGAAGAGCCGGACGAAACCUGAGCUCUGAAGAGGUUGCUCAGAGAGACCUGAAGGUGUUUUCUCCUGUGGAGAUGACGGUGACCCCCAACCCUCACUUGCCCUUAAACCUCGACAGUUUUCAAAAUGAAAAAUAAAUACUUUCAGCUAAAGCUCCUUUCUGCACUGGGGCUGCGCAGGAGCAGGUGGGGGGAAUGGCAGGCAGGGGGGUUGUCUUGAAUGUCCUUUGAUAUUAUAGCUCUCCUUUUGGUGUCUGUUAAAUAAGUGAGGGGUAAGUGCAUGUGGAAACAGGACGGAGCUGCUCUGACCUCCAGCCCCAGGGCCUCCGUGAGGGGGGAGUGGUGGGGACACAGCCCUGGAAAGGGGACCUGGACAUUGAUCCCCACCUCCUCAGCAAGUCCCAGCUUCACGCUCUUAACCAAAAUGUGUUGCCUGGUGUGCAGUAGCCAAUCUCUUCAUCACCCAGAGAGAUGCUGUUUCAUUCGGAGUUUGCCAAGUUCUGGACACUCAGGGGGAUGGACUCUCCAAAACUCGAGUAUAAAGCCCUCAACAGAGAUCCACGAUUUUAGACACUACAGAUAGAUAAAUAGUCAUGGACUUCCCGGAAAAGUCAUGUAUAUUCAUACAUUUUCUGAGAAAUCAUUAUAGUAUUUUGAUUUUUACUGUGCAUGCACCCCAAAAUCCUACAUGCACUACUCUACAGUCUUUGUGCCAUCUCUAGUGGGUAUUUCACAGCCCUUCACUGAUGAACUUUCCAUGCUUUCUCACCAAAUCAUCCUAAUAAGGUAUUAAAAGUGGAUCAUUAGUCCUUGCAUUUCUCAGUUAUCACAUCCUGCUUGGCUCAGCCUGUUUUCCAGGAUGCAUCUGAGCUUCAGUUUGCCUUAUGGCAUCAUAUCAAGGUUAGUUUUGCUAACCUUGGUAAGUACAUUUAAUCUUGGUGGCUUCUUUUCUCAUAACAAAUUGACC